CAAAGACAAUUGUUUGUAUACAAUCGUGUACAUGACAUGUAGUCGUGUUGAGAGUUGGAGCUGGAAUAGGUGCUUUAUGUAGUCCUGUCUUUCUUCAUUUGGAUCAAGACGGUAGAGUUCAGUUUCAGGAGCAGCUGUGAAGUAGUUGGAAUUACCAGAGGUGGAACAGAAUUCGACUGAUUACGACGUUAUUGACCGGUCCUGCGUUGCCCUGCUUGAACUAUAAAUUAUAAUUAUGAAUGUCUAUGUGUAUUGAUAAAAAGCAGCUCGUGUACUUUCAGCUUUGAUUGCAAGACGCUAAGCACAUGCUGUAGGGAAGUUGACAAAGACCCUCGUAGUGUCACAAGCACAGUCGGCUGCAUUGCACAUCAUUUGCACACGACCACACUUUUCUUCUAGUGCAUUGCUGCCUCUAGCUAUGGCAUCGGAGGCCAAGCCAGUAUGCCUAGUACUGUCAUCGGACAAGUCUCUUCUCGAUGAGCUGCAGACCAGCAAGCUAUGCACCACCACCGUGGAGACCGAGGGGAUAUUAUCCAUGAUGUCGUUAGCGGAGAAUACCGAAAUGGCAGUGAUUGACGGCAGUGGCCGAGACGUGGCCAAUGUGACAGACCUGGUCCAGAACCUGCACAAGGCGAACAAGAAGAUGUUCAUUUGUGUGUACGGUGACAAGAUUGGGCGCAAUGCUGCAGCCCGCAUUGCUGUGGCGGAUAGCGGUGGAGCGAUGACAUCGUGGUCCAGCUCAGCCGUGCGGAAAGCGGCGGAUAUCAUACACGGCACGCUGCAGCCUAGCAAGAGAGCACAGGUGUACAAAUGUCCGUACUGCCAGAAAGGUGGCCUUGACGAGGAUGGCUUGUGGACCCAUUGUCCUAUGUAUCAUAUCAAUGAGCCAAAUCAAACUACUCUGUGUCCUAUAUGCCGGAUGCAACCAAGCCAGAACAUACAGGUGCACAUUCGUAACUUUCAUGGUCCUGUUGCGCGUGGCGAGCUGGACAACGAGUUCCACUCCGAUAUCUCGUUGUACUCCUUUGGCUUGGUCGUCUGUCAGCGUGAUGAUGGCAAGUUCCUGCUAGUGCAGGAGUUUACUAGUUGUGGAUUCUGGGUUCCUGGUGGCCGAUUAAACCCGGGUGAAGGCUUGAUAAGUGGUGCUAAGCGUGAGACUCUGGAAGAGGGAGGUGUGGAGAUCGAAAUCACCGGCCUUCUCAAAAUGGAGUUUCUCCCGCAUAGAUCUGAUAAGAAUCCAUUCGUCCGUCUUAGAGCUGUGUUUCUCGCAAAGCCAGCGCAUGCCAAUGUGGAAGAGAAAACUGUGCCUGAUUUCGAGAGUGCGGGUGCAGCGUGGGUCAGCCUCGCAGAAAUGAAGAGCGGGCUGCGGCUGAGGAGCCGAGAGCCGCUGUACUGGGCCGAAUACCUGGCAGCAGGAAAGCCCGUCUACUCCCUCGAUGUUCUGGAGACCGUGUAAUCAGUGGAACCCUCUGCUAGGUGUAGUGUUGUGCAAGGCACAGUGACGACCGACGUUGACCAUGCAGUGCUAAAAACUGUUAUUGUGAAGACCUUGGAUCAUACUGGAAAUCCAGAUGGCGAUGACCCUACUCUGAUGUGCCAGGCUUCCUUGGGAUGCACACAUGGGUGUUUAGAAUGUGCUCCUGUGUCUAUUCCCGUGUCCCAGUGACUUGCUCUGAAAACUACAGUGCUUCUUGUGCAGGGUUGCAGUGUGCAGGGUUGCAUUGGAUUGCGUACUGCAUGUGCCUGUACCGCUAUUAGAAAUAGAUCCUCUGAGAUAGGCACGGCUUGCUAGUUGUACUAUUGUGGUCCUGGUGACCAGUGCGCGUAGUAACUGUACAUGUACUGUGUACUGUGUACUGUGUACUGUGUACUGUGUACUGUGUACUGUGUACUGUGCACAUUGUGCAAAACCGAUGUACUCAUGCAUGUAGAAACUAGAAAGGCUCAUAUUUUUGUGAAUUUGCUACAUUGUCGCUGUAGGCGGGAUAGACUAGUUGUACCUUGUCCUCCUCUUUUCCUGUAACGACUCAGCGGACAUUUCUAGACGUGGACAUUGAGCAGCUUUAUCUUCCGAAUGAUUUUCUUGUUGACUUUUACCCACUGGAACUGUCACUGUUUUUGUUUUUUUUGUAACACCAAAUCAGUCACUUUCAUUUCCCAAAAGCAACACCAUUGUCAGUGUGUGUUUGUUGUGUCUUCAUGUGCUACACGUACUAUCCUAUCACUGACGAAUGAAUUCUCAUCAUCGCUGACCUCAUCCUUGUUUUUAUUAUUUUCUAUUUCAACAGCAAUAUCCCGGCCGCUGCUAUUUUCGAUCUACUUUUUUAUCCUAGACAACUUAGACGACCAUUAGUCAAUUUGAACCGAGCUUAGCAAAGCAUCACUGUGUUGUUUCUCAGUCUCGUUUUUGAAUCAGAUUGGGUCAGUGGCGAUUGA